AGUGCUAGUGGAGGCGGAGGUGUAGGCGGCAGCGGAGGCGGUGCCAGCUGCAGUGGCGGGUGUCGCGGUGGAAGCGUUAUGUCGGAACCGCAGCCGCCGGGCGCAGGACGCGACCUCUACCGGGACACGUGGGUGCGAUACUUGGGCUACACCAAUGAGGUGGGGGAGGCUUUCCGCUCCCUGGUACCAGCGGCUGUGGUGUGGCUGAGCUAUGGUGUGGCCAGCUCUUACGUGCUGGCCGAUGCCAUUGACAAAGGCAAGAAGGCGGGAGAGGUCGGUGGACUUCCUCCUGGAUUCCAGCCUGCGCAAACUCUACCCAUCAGUGGGGAAGCCCAGCUCCUCCUGACCCCAACCCGGUUCCUGGCCUGUGGGUUGGGGCACCACUGCUCUGUGCCAACUUCCCCCUCCUACCAGGGGAUGUGGGUGCAUGGCUAUCUGGGGUUCAAGGCCCUGGCACCUGAGUGGGUUUGAGCUGGACAGACACUUCAAGACAAAAGCCUCAAGGAGCAGCGGCUGCAGCAAGUCACAGAUGGAGGAGGGACCUAAAUCCCUUCUGCUUCCAUGGAACCCAUGAUAUUGAGUAGGAAUGGGUCAUGGGAGUGUCCAGCCCUGUCUUUGACAGGAAAAUAACACCCUCCCAUGGAGGAUAAGGAGACUGAGGCCCAGAGUGGGCAAGGAAAUGCCCAAGAUCACUUGGCGAGCUGGGCACCCAGGACCCGCAGCUGUUCUGCUGAAUCACCCCAAAGUGGUGUGGCUGGACGAGGAGCAGCAGACACUCAGGGAGAAACGCAGGGAUGCAGUAGCUGGGACAUCUCAGGACCGCUUCUCCGGCCAGUCCAGUCCUGGUGCAGAGGCUGCUGGGGCCUGGCUGGAAGGCAGGACAGCUCCAAGUCAGGCGUUGGCCAGGCCCUCCCCAGACCCAAUAAACCCUCAAGAAGUUGCA